AUGAGUUAUCCACCAGAUGCUUCACGUUCAUGUCAUGAAGCUGAUGGACGUAGUGAUCGAAGCGGUGGUAGUGGUGGUGCAACUAGUGGGAGUGGGGGUGGGGGUGUUUAUGGAACAUUAUGCAGUGCAUUUGGAGGUAGCAACUGGUCAAGCAGUACUGCAUCAUAUGAAGUUGGACAUGAUCCCAUAAUUUCCGUAGCUCCAUCAAAUACAAAUGAACGGAUGAUUUCAAAUUGGAAGAAAUGGUCGUUAGGUUUGGAUUAUUUACUUCAAGAUAGUGAAGGUGUAGCCCUUUUUAAAUCUUAUCUUCAAUACGAAGGUUGUGCAAAUCUUCUUGAUUUUUGGUUUGCAUGUCAAGGUUUCCGGAGUAAAGUUGAUCCUUCUGAUCACCGAAAAAUAACUCAAUUGAUUAAAGCAAUUUAUCGUACGUACAUUAGAGGGUCUAGCAAUAGUCUUAAUUCUCAACCUCUCCUUUAUUUGGGGAAGCAACAGUCCACUCCUGUGCUACAAAACCGAAGUGAGCCUAUUCGUCUUAGGUCAGAGACUCGGCAUGCUAUCACAGAAAGAAUUUCACGCAAGCAUACUUUAGACCAAACUGUAUUCGAUUCGGCUCAAGCAGAAGUUGAACACUUCUUACGAACAACAGCAUAUCCUGCUUUCCUUAAAUCUGAUAUUUAUGUCGAUUUCCUACAAACAGCUCUGGAAGGUUCUAUUCGUAAAUUUCCUACGUGGGAACAAACGGUUUCUACCUCUUUAUUCCCAUAUACUGGUGACAAACAGUUAAGUACAGCUACUAACCUCCCAGAAUGCCCGUCAAACAUGGCAUUAGGAGGGAAAGUUCUUCCAACUUUAGAUGAGGAUCGUGAGUUGCAGUCCGAAGAACUAUCACUAUUGCACCCUUCAAGACAGGCUUGCAGACCUGCUUGUUGUCAAAUACUUUCAUUAACUGAUACAGCUGCUGUUACACCUGAUCAUGGUCAUUGUCAGCACUGUAAGAAAUGUCAGUUAUAUAAUCCAUGUUUACCACUGGAUUAUUCUCAACCUAUCCUAAGACCACCAUCGUGUUAUCAACAAUCGCCAGUUGUGCCUACUAGUUCGGCAGCACCUCUAACUAUGGAAAAUUUGCAAAUGACUCGAUUUUAUCGUACAGAGUUAUCGCUACAACGUUCUUAUUUUAAUCCAUCUCAAAAUCCUUACGUUACGAGACCUAAUCAAGAAGGUGAACCUGUUGGGCAUGCACAUGUAUCACGUGCAUACAGUUCAACUCCAUGGCGUUUUCACAAUCGCCCCAACUACGCUUACACUCACUGGGCAGAUGCGAUGUGUCCACCUUCUAUGGAUCCACGUUUAGGGAAUUUGCCCAGUCAACCGCCUAAUCCAUAUCAUAUCUCCUAUGCACCAGUUUCAGCACGUGACUCAGAACAUCAUAGUCUUUCAAGUGAUGCACGAACUGAUGAUACUCAUUCACAUACGGAUAGUAGCCACGACGGUGCUUGUAAUCGUUUACGUGCUCUUAAUCAUCGUUAUCCAAGCCCAUUCCAAUCAUCACGUUCUCAUAAUAACAAUAAUAAUAGUAAUAAUAGUAAACGUCAAAAUCAACUCUCCCAUCAUCAUCAUCAUCACCAUCAUCAACGUCAUCUAUCUACCGGUCCACAAGGGAAUAGUAGUGGUGUUGGUGAAUUAAUGGUGCAGUGUACAUCUCCUAAAUCAUCAUCAUUUCCAACUUCUUUUCAAAGUCGUUUACAACAAUCUAAUCCAUUUUGUCGAAGUCCGAUUGGGAUUGGUGGUGCUGGUGGUGAUAGUCGUAUCAAUUAUCCUUUGGAGACUUUUUCAACCAAUACAAGUUGUCCAAUAAGUACGGCUCCUAUUACUACUAGUAAUAAUGGAAAUAAUCAAGGGAUUGGAGAGAAAAUUGCUCAACACUCAACAACAGAUCCAAUUAUUAAUAAUAAUAAAUCACAACAGCAAAAACAUCAACGUCGUCUAGCUAGACGUGGUAUGAGUUCUCGUCCUUUCAGUGAUAAAACAAAACUACAUAAUAAUAACAAUUAUUGUACCGUUGGUAGUGCUGCCGCCGCCGCCGCCGCCCCUGUUGCUGGAAAUCCCACCGGAUUGAAUGUUCCAGUUAAACCAAGUAAUAAAUCAUCGACCAGUCGAUCAUAUAGCAUGGCUGAACAUGAUCCAAAAGCUUUUGCACAAAUUUUAUCAGAGAAACUACAACGUUUAUUAAAUAGUCAAUUAGUUACAGAACGUCUUGAUAAUCUUAUGAUUGAAACUAGUCCAAACAUUCAAGAAAGUCAAGAACAAGUGAAUGAAACUACCAAGUUAAUGAUUACAGAUUAUAAUAAUAACAAGUCUAAUAAAGAUGAAUCAUCUAUUAUUAGUAAUACUUCAACUGUUAUUACAUUCACAACAACUAAUUGUCCUAUUAUUACAAAUACUACUAAUAUUAAUGAAACUACUACUACUACUACUACUACUACUGACUUAACAAGUACUCAAUCAAAUUUCAUUCAUAAUCAAAUUACAUCAUCAACUGUUGCUGUUAUUACUACUCCUUCAGUACUUCAACGUCCAUGGGCUGAUAAGUUAUUAGCUGCUGCUCGUGUUCAACAUGAAAAUACACGUGAAAAUGCUCAAGCUAUUCUUGAAGAUCAUUGUUCAAGAAUAUGGGCUGCAUCAGCUGAUCGUACUCCAAGUAGUGGAGGAGGAGGAGGAGGGAGUGGCGAUGGAAGUAGAGGAGGUGGUCAUCUUCGUGAUGUUGAUGUUGAUGAUGAUGGUGAUAACAACGUUACUAAUGAUAUUGAUCAUCGUGGAAUUGGUAUAGAUCGUGGUAUGCAUUCAACUAGGCCUCAUGAUACUACUACACUAGAUGAUAACUCAUCUCAACGAAAUAUUUCAUUAGAUAUAAAUGAACGUUCAUUUAUAUCUCCAAUUAUCACAAAUUAUAAUCAUGAAUCAUAUUGUCCAUCUACUUCUUUAAAUUAUAAUAGACCAUAUAUUAGUAGUAAUAAUGUUGUUAUCGGUGAUGUCAAUUGGUCACAUCCAACUAAUAAUGAUAUAACAAAAUCACAACAAACACAUAAUCAUAAAUCAUCUUCUUAUUCUAUAGUUGAAAAUAAUUGGAUUAAUGAUGAAAAUACACAACUUAUGCCUAAUAAUAAUUCUAUAAAUUCAUAUAAUAAAUCUUCCAGUACAAUCGAUCCAUCAACUACAAAAUCAUUACCAGUAAUCGUUCCACCAUGGUUCGCAUCAUUUUCUCAAUCGAAAUAUUCUCACAAGACAUCAGAUAUUCAAUUACAUACACAUUAUACAGAGCAUUUAGUCGAUUCGAUUAAUACCACUAAUGCUGCAAUAUCUAUGCAUGAUACAGAUCGAACAGAAAAUAGUCCAGUUAAUAUUGGUAGUAGUAGUAGUAGUACCACUACUACUACUACCAGUACAACGACUACAGCUUCUACUACAACUAGCAGUACUAAUGAUCAUCAUCAUCAAGGUUCUGUUACAACUAACACCACAUCUCAAUCAACUCACUCUUCAUCAACAUCAGCUGUUUCUGGGACGUCGAAUUCCACACCGGGAAGUUCCGGUGUAGGUGUAUGUACCUCGUCCAAUUCACUUGUUAUAGGCUAUUAUAUGGGUGAUGAUCCGGUACCCUAUAGAAGUUUAUGGCCAUCAUCAGAGAUUACACUUGGUCAAUUUAAACAAUUAAUUCCAAAGAAAAAAGGUUUAUUCCGAUACUUUUUUAAGAAAGCAUCUGAUGAAUUCGAUUCCGGUGUAGUCCAUCAAGAGAUCACCAAUGAUGAUACUGUUCUACCUUUAUGGGAAGGUAAAAUUGUCGCCAAAGUUGAACGAAUUGAUUAA